AUGACACCGCCGACGCUCCGGACGGGUUCUGUGUCAAGUCCAAGCACCGAUGAAUCCCUGUCUCAAUCGACUUCUCCGGGUGCAUCUCCAAUGGAAUUGGCUCUUACAGUGCCAUACCUAAGACACCAGCGGGACUUUCCAUCUCCUCCUCCCAGCAUGAGUAUCCCAUCGGAUCGACUUUUGGAUAUGAAGCUUUUCCAUCACUAUAUGGACAUGACACGCCGCGAGGAGGCCGUCAUGAUGGAUUCUGCAAACAAGUACGCUGUUAAUGGCGCCAAGAUCGUCUGGUCGAACUGGAUCAUCAGUCUGGCUGUCGAAACGCCGCAUCUAAUGGAAGCUUUACUCGCUUUUUCGGCGUUUCACCUUCGUCAUCUUACGGACCCUGAUAAAUCUCUUACCAAGGCCGCACACACACAUAUGCUUCGCGCAAUCACGGAGCACAGUAACCAAGUAUCAAAAGGAAUUACAAGUGAGAAUGCUGAGGUUGUAUUUGCAACCUCCACGUUUAUCGCCUUUCAUGCCACUAGUGAAUCAAUUGUACCUGCUGGCUACGAUGAAAACUCCCUAGUGCAUUGGUUUCAACCUUGGCAUGGCAUAAGAAGUGUGAUAGAUCUCUGUUGGGAGCACAUUAGAUCGCCCGAAAUCCAGACGUUGAUCAAAUACGAAAAUACUGCGGAGCAGAUCAAUCAGGUGGAGCCGGAAGAUCCCGACAAGUUCAACUUCUUACUCGAUGGCCUUGGGGAUUCUUCUGAGCCAAGCUUAGACGAAGAGACUCGACACGCCUACACAACCUCUGUUCAUUAUCUGAACAAAUUGAGCAGAGCAGCUUUUGCGAGGCAUGUUUUGAAAUUUACAGGACUGGUGUCAAAACGAUUUGUUGAAUUGGUGUUAAUGAAAGACCCAAGAGCAUUGGCAAUAGUUGGCUAUCACUUGAUGAUGAUCCUGCAAUUGAAUCAGGUUUGGUGGCUUCAAGGCUCGGCGGAAAGGGAUUUUGCGGUUGUGUUGCAGAAUUUGCCAAAAUCUUGGUUACCGAUGAUGGAACCGGCAAUCCAGACAUUCCGGGAAACGCCAUCUUUAGCAAAGAAAAGGGUCUUCAAUUGA